GAUAACUGUUUCUCUGCAGAGGUGAGUAAACUUUAGCUCUGAUUCUUAUAACUUAAUCAGUUUGAAUGUUUAACGUUGUGCCUCAAGCGGUAUAUUAAGCGUUGAAAUUUUGUUUUAAGUGGUUAUACGGGAAAAAACUGCAGAAGUUUUUGGACAUUUUUGUGGCAGAAAAUUUACAUGUUGAAGUCAAGUACUUAUUGAUCACUCGAAAUCGUUAACACCAUUUAAAUUUUAAUGUCGUUUGUCUACAGAGAACUCCAUAGGAACCAUAUUCUGUGUCGUUAAACAUCACAGUGGAAACUUUCAUUUGCAUUUACGCAGUGAUAUCAGAAUUUUGUACAGGUGAACUGUAAAGCGCUGUAUUUCAUCCACCAAUAUGGCGCAACGGGAUUGAUUUGUGUAUGUUUACAAUCUAAACUCUCAUAUUAUGCAUAUUUGCUCUCGUUAAACUCACAACUUUACCACUUGUUUGGAAAAGCAAGGCGAGGAUGAAAUGCCCAUCCUCAAAGUCUUUCAUCGGGGUUAGUGCGUGUCGAAGGAAUUACCGAAUAGGUAAUUAAUUUUAUACACAUAAAAUGAAUAAAAUUAUCAAUAUUGGCAUUUGGGAGUGGUUUGGGAGGGAGGUGGGUUGUGCUGACAUAUAACGGUCAUCAGAAUUACCCGCAGAAUGAUUGUUAAGUGAAGAAAGAGAGUAAAAAUAAAAAAAGGCAACUUGCAAAGAAUUACUUCAUUUAUUUACUUGUUAUCUAUUUUGUUUGCUGGCCCCCAAUAUAAUUGUCAAAAGACUUCUUUACAGAUUGAUUGAAAACUGCUAAUUUUGAUUUUUCAGUUGGCUUUCCCCUUCUAAAUUGAAUUAUCAGUGAAAAUCGUCAAUUUAUGAAAAUAAAUCUGUGAUUUAAAACAAUCAAUCUCCAUAUUUCUCUUCAUUUAUUUUUUAAAUUUUGAGUGAUCAUGAUUGCCUUGAUUCCAUGUGUAGUAAUAUCACUUAAAUGUAUUUUUUUCCAAAUGCUGUACUACCUUGAAUUUGCAUCACUAAUACAUUAAUUCUUCCCUGCUAUCAUCCACAUAAUCACUUAUUUCACUGAUGCAGAGUUUGUACCAAGCUUUGAGUUUUUGAUAAGGAAUAUAAGGCUCCAAGCUGCAAACAAUUUGGUUGCCAAGAAAAACAAAAUAAGAUUUUCACAUACACUCCAUAUUGCACUAGCAAUUUACAAAGGUUUGCUACAAGACCUAUAGUUUGAUACUUAGUUGUAAGUUUUUCUCAAAGAUUAGACAAUAUUGGCCCACGUUCAAUGUGUGAAUGGGGAUGUCACCUUUAAUAAUUGUGCUUUUUUAAUCUUAGAAGCAACUCACAAAUUGUUACAGCGGUGGAAUUUAUGCAAUGCAUGUGGUAAUGGAGGAAUCCAAGAUUGGCUCAGAGGAAACAAAUGACACCCUAGUUGUGUUGGAAUUCUCACCAAAGGCUCCAUCAGAGACUAAAGAUUGGCUGACUGCACUUAUAAAAGCUCCAGGUUUGUUAUGUUUGACCAGUGCUUGUUAUAUUUAGUUGACAUUACAAUAGACAGGCUCUUGUUUGAAGGAGAACAAGUGUUUGUAACAGCAGUUGGUUUUUAUUGGGUCUUGAGAGGUUUGGGUGUGAGACCAGGCUGGGUUGUUGUUUUGUAUUCUGUGGCAAAACACUUUACUCUCCCAGUGCCUCGCUCUGUCCAGGAGUAUAAAUUGGUACUGGUGAAUUUUCAGGGAAGUCUGAUGAAAUGCUGAGGGAUAACCUUGCAAUUGACUGGCAUCCCAUUCAAGGGAGAAGUAGUAAUACUCCUGGUCCCUUGAUGCUAAGGAAACUAGAAUAAGCUACUGUUGGAUUGGCCAUGUGGCUCAAGAACAGACUGUAUGUGUGGUAACACAACCUUAGUUGUCUACAUUGUGAUAUGGAUAAUUGAAAUUAGAAAAUAAUCAAUGUCUUUAUUUUUUAGGAAAAUUAAUUAAAAUUUUUUAAUUUUAUAAUUUCUUUUUCACCUGUAGUCAGCAGUGGAGGUGCAGGACUCCAGGCAAAACUGGUUCCAAACUCAUUGAAGGGCAGUGACACCCUGCAUAUUUCUGCCGACACCAAACGUCUCCUUGUGGGAGCAGAGAAGCUCAAAAUUAAGCGAUGUCUCAAGAAUGGAGCACCUGUGGAUUUCUGCAUGGAAUUGUCCCAUGAGUUUAAGGACUUUAAUGAUGAUGGUGAAGGGUUUUUGACCGAAAGUGAAAGUGAACAAAUUGUGUUUUUGGCACUAGAACGUAUAAAGCCUUAUGAAGAUGGGACUGUUCCUGGUUAUCCUGAGGUUAAACUUCAAAAACACAGGGCAACCAGUAAGUACACACAAAAUAUGAGUUAAUUUGCAUAUUUGUACUACCUAACGAAUAAAGGUUACUCAUAAUGAGCCUUAUACUGAAUUGUUGUCAGAAAUGAUGUUAAUAUUUAUUGGUUGAUUUAUUAUAUAUUUUUACUGCAAUAGUUACACAACAGAACCCACAACUUUUAAAAUGUCAGUUGAUAAAUGUCAAAGUGUCAGAACAUGGCUGAUCAACAUGUUCCAUUCUUUAAUUGGGAUUGAUAUGAAUGUGAUAACAUUUGUGGAAACAUAGUAUAUUUACCUAAACUUCCCAAAGUAAAUGUUCAUAUGAAAAAGCUUUUAUAAAACAAACUUUUGAUUGUAUGAAAAUAACUUUUGAUUGUGAAGGAAUGGUAAAAACAUGAUUCCUUAUUAAUUGUUGACAUGAAAAUUCAAUUUCAAAACUAAACCCAAUGGCUCAAACCCCUGCUAACACAAACCAUUUUCCAUUUCCUAUGGGAGUUUGAGUCAGAGGGGUUUCAUAGUAGUUAUGCUAAGAUAAGAGUUUAUUUUCUCUUUUCAGUUCCAAAGUGUUUAUCCAGUGGAAUUAUAACCCAAAUAUUUCCUCUGCAUGACAAAGAUAAACUCAAGGCCUUGGAGCACAAGUGGAUAUUUAGCCUUUCAAGGAAGCAACCUUUGGGUAAUACAACUUUCACUGAAUGUUUAAUGGUUUGAGCCCAAAAAGUGACUAUUAUCUGAUUUCUCCUUACAAUAUCACCCCUGAUUCUCACAUUAAGGUCAUGAGAAUAAAGGAAAUGAUCACCAACUGAUGAUGCUCUUUAUUGUUGGGCGUGUUCUCCUUGUCAGCACCUUAGGAAAUAUAUAGAGAACAGUAUGGAGAAUGUGCAUACUGAUGUUAAGGUGUAAGGGGUUAAGAAACAUUAAUCCAAAUCAAACACAAACUUUAGCAGCCAUGCCGAUAAAAUACAAAGUAAGAUAAAAUAGAUUUAGAGUCACUCCUGCAUUCAUAAUACACAGUAGCCCCAGAGAACUUCUGAUGAACACUGAAGACAUGGUCUAAGAUAGCUUCAUGAAAAAUAAUGAAUUAAAGGCAGCUAACUCUUUGAAUUCUCUGAGUGAACAAGGCAGAAAUUCUCCUUACAAUAUCAAAAAGAUAUCAAGCAGACAAUUGAUGAGGAAAAAAAAACACAAAUUAGGUGAUUCUUAGUUGACCCAGAUUCUUCAAAAAGUUAACAUGAUAAGAAUUGUGAGGCAGACAGUAGCUAUGGAGAAUUACUCAUGAGAUCCAGGGAGUGAAAGGGUUUAAAACAAAAAUAAAUCAAGACCCAAAAGUGGAAGGAAGUAAUAAAGAAAUGAGACUGAGCUGCCUGUUAACCCUUUAACCCCCCAUGAGUUACUAGGCAGAAAUUCUCCCCACAAUAUCAAUACAAUAUCAAGCAGACGACUAAUGAGAACAAAGAAAAUAUCAAUUAGGGGAUUCUUAGUUGAUCCAAUACCAAAUUCUCUGAACUGACAUCAAAAGAAUUGUUUUGCAGACAGUGUGGAGAAUUACUUAUGAGAUCUCGGGAGUGGAAAGGUUAAGUUUUUGACAAGAAUUAGACAGACCAUGUGCCCUUCAUUAUAAUAUAUAUUACCUAAAAUAGUUUAAUCUGCCCACUUAUUUUAGUGGAUACUCACUUUACUCAUAAUUUCUUGUCUUUUAGAUGAUAUAAGAGAGUACUUUGGAGACACAAUAGCAUUGUAUUUUGGUUUCUUGGGUUUCUACUCAUUAUCUCUCGUUCCUCCCGUUCUACUGGUUCUUGUCUUCGGACUGUCUGGUGCCCAUGAGCAGACAAAGAAUACUGUAUUUGCCAUUCUCAACCUCUUAUGGGGCACGGUGUUCUUAGAGGUGUGGAAACGCCGCUGUUCUGAGAUUUCGUUCAAUUGGGGCACGCUCAGAGCAGGCAUAGGUGAGUCCACCCCGAGUGAUAGUAUGCUAUGUUUGAUAGCUGACUUAUACAUGCAUUUUGACUGGGGUUUCAGAUUUAACUGUUAACUCUUUACUGUAUAAAAUAAGACAGAAAUUCUCACGCAAUCAAAAUGAUAAAUAAUGGAAGAGGUUCACACCUGACCACACGGCCAUGUUUAUAGCUCCCCUUUAAAAUCCUUUCUUUAUUAGCUUUUCCAAAUGGAGAAUACCUUUGUAACACAGACUUUUACCUCCGUCUGUUCAGCGUGAAAUCAGGCCCACGUGUUUGGGUUUCGCCGUACGGACCCUUUCCGGGCACAGCUGCCCUUUACACCAUCGGCAGACGCUUAUGGAAAACGUUAUCGAAAACCCUGAUUAUGAAUUCUAUCUAUUGUACCUUAGGAAUAGAGGAAGUUGAGGAGCCACGCCCAACUUACUGGGGCGAGAAGCGUAUAAGCCCCAUAACAGGACAACAAGAGUACUACUACCCACCAUGGAUGAGAAAAGUCAAAACAUACUGUAUCUCUUAUCCCAUUGUCAUUCUGUGCAUGAAACUUGCUACAGUGGUCGUGCUUUUGUACUUCCGCUUCCUUCACGCUGUCGAGAGCCAAUAUGCAAAUGUUGGAGGGAUUGUUGCAACUGUUAUGCUGAUAUUGCCAAGUAUUUUUUUUGCUGUGAUGAUUGCCGUGUCCAAUACCCUGUACCGCAAACUGGCAACAUUCUUAAAUGAAUGGGGUAAGUGUGGUCACGGCUCCUUUUAGAUUUUGCACAGGGUGGAUGGAUUUGGCCUUUAACCCUUUUAAACCUUCAAGUGAUUAACAUGUAACUUCUCCAUUUAACCCUUUAACUCCCAUGAGUGACCAAGACAGAAUUUCUCCUUACAAUAUCGAUACAAUAUCAACCAAAGAAGUGAUGAGAAUAAAGAAAAUAUAAAUUUGGGGAUAAUUAGUCGAUCCAAUACUAAAUUCUCUGAACUAGUAUUGAAAAAAUUGUAUGGUUGACAGUAAGGAGAAUUACAAAUUUGAUCUGGGAGUUAAAGGGUUAAUAUCUAAACAUUAUUCAGCAAACCGACAUGUAAUGAGAAUUCUCAAACUUAUCAGGUAGAAGUUAUUUUCUUGAUCUAACACCAAAUUCUCGUAACUGAUUUAUAAGGAAAUGUGUCGCAGCCAAAGGAGAGAGUUAGCAAUCAGAUCUCGGAGGUUUAAGGGUUAAAGAAUGAAUUUUCUACUUUCCAACACUUUUUGAGUCAAAGGCGCGAUAUAGUUACUUGAGCCGAUAAUAUCCGAAGAUGUCCGAAAGUUUCUAAAGAUUUUCUGAAUAUGUCCAAAGACGUUCUGAUGUGCAGAAGGUGUCAAGAGCAUGAGGAAAGCGCGUGGAAAGCGCGAGGGGCGAGAAACGCACAAAUGAUUGGCGCAUCUUACGUUCUAUCGCUCCCCUGGAAAAAGUAUGAGCAAGCCGCCAAUACCGCAGGCACUCAGAGUUUUUGAUCCACAGGCAUACGAAUCAGGCCCAAGGCGUGCGAGUUCUUUGGUACAAAAUUUAUCAGAAAAUUUAUCCUGUAGACUAACAGAUUUUCAGAUUUUGAAAGCACUGCCAAACGCGUUCAGCUCUAUAUUUGGGCUUUAUUUCGCUCUCUCCUUAUCUGUAAAUUCCUUUCUUGAGUCUCAACCAAUAUUUUGACCAUAUUCGAUAUGUCGCCUUUUUGUGUCGUCUUUUUGCUUCGGGUGGAUAACACAAAUAUCAACCUGGAAAAUUCUUGAUGUCAUGCAAAGAGCAAGUCCAAUCCUUGUUCAUUAUCCGAGAUCUCGUUGGAUGCCUCCUGUGGAUACCUUUUCCUCUUCUUACUGAAUUUCCUUAAUUUUCAGAGAAUCAUCGCUUGGAAUCAGCUUACCAAAACCACCUCAUUGUCAAACUGGUUCUGGUAGGUGUCUUAAUUUUUCAGUUAACCAGUCUAAGUUCCUAAUAGGGUUUAUGCCUUGUUUUUGUAGAAAUUUAAGGGGUUUGUGGCCUCCAAAUCUUUUUCUCACCUUGCCUUGAAAAGAAUUUCCACAGCUUCGCCCGUUCCUGGUCGUAAAUCUUGCCAAGCCUUUAUGGUCAUUGGCCUCGUAAUAGCCUCCAACUAUGGCUUAUGAAUACAUACGUUUAGUGUUUACUUAUAAAACUCCCUGAAGAAGUCUACGACAGUUAGACAAAGCGCGUCGGAGAAUGAAAGAAGUUGAAAACAACUGUUCGCAGUUUGCUGCACACUAGUUUGGUUUUAUAAAAACAUAGUUUGUCCGACAUUUUCAGAAAUUACUUUUCUUGUUAAUUUUGCUUUAAUGCUUUAGCUUACUAAAACAAUUUUUUUUUCACUCCUCUAUGCAGUUUUACUUUGUGAACUGUUUCUACUCACUGUUCUAUAUCGCAUUCUACCUUCAAGAUAUCGAUUUGUUGCGAAGGGUAAGUACUCAUGACUGUUCUGCGAGCCGGUCACAUUUUUAUGCCAAGUUAUUUGACCUUUUCUUGCAAUUAGACGGAAAACCUUGAGAGGGCUGCAGUGAAUGUAGGCUGAAAUGAAGAAUGGCGUUUUUAUGAUUGUCUGAUUCCCCAUUUCUUAUGUCCUGAUUAGUCAUUCGUUCACUUCGUUUGUUUCUUCCACUGUUCAAAAUAUCGUAGAACUGGGGGAAACCAUAUCAAUGAGCCGUUGGACGUUUAGAAAAUACCAAAGAGAUAUUGAUAAAAAAGAGAGAAAUAAGAAACGAUAAGGAUGGAGAAGGAUUUCUCUAAAUGUAAACGAUAAUCUUAAUUUCUCGACAUGCACGAACCAUUAGGUUGGUUAUUUAACAGAAGUUUCAAGUUGUUUUCAGUCAACCCUCUAGCCCUUAAGAGUGAUUAGCAUCUAUUUUCUCCUUUUAAUAUCAUCCCCAGAAUCAAACGUUAAGGUUACAAGAAUAUACGAAAUGAUCACCAACUUAAGAAGCUCUUCAUUGUUAAACAGAUUCCUUUUCAUCACCUCAGGAAAUGUCUAGAGAACAAUAUGGAGAAUAUGCAUACUGAUGUGAGGGUUUUAAUGGUUAAAGGAACUGGUACAUGAGCUUAUCGACUUUUUCUUUUGCCUUCUAGCAUCUUGGUGCUCUGAUGAUCACAUCGCAGUUGAUUGGACAAGUGACAGAAUCCCUUAUUCCUUUUUUUAUGUACAAAAGUCGCGUCACCAAAGUCUCCAAGGAAGGAAAAAAGAUUGUGAUGAAGACCGCUGACUUGUCAAAUGAGAUUGAACGACAAGCGACCCAGGAACAGUAUUUGGUAAGGAUCACUUACAGUGUUCUUGGGCGAGAAGGGUUGGCUAUUUACCUUCAAAGUUCCUGUUCACCUUUAUAGAAAAGUAAGCUGAGGUCCUGCUGUAUUGCCCAGUGGCUAACCCAGCCAGGUUCUUUUGUGAUACGCGAAUUUCAUACUGCUAGAAUCAGCAUUGUUGCAAGUGUCGUGUGUGAAAAUAGAAAAAAAAAAAAAGAGGUGGUAAAUUUUGAGUUUGGUCAAAAGACGAAGAAGGAAGACGAAACGAAGAAUGAAGAAAAGGAAGAGAAAAAGGAAGAAGAAAGAAGAAAAGGAAGAAGGAUGUUCUCUGUUUUAUUGCACUGAAGCUGUAAUUUGAAUGCGUGCAUAAAAUCAAUACUGUAUCUUUUUUUUUUCCUAGGGUACUUUUGAUGAUUAUUUGGAGCUGUUCCUUCAGUUUGGUUACACGUUUCUGUUUUCGUCCGCCUAUCCUAUGGCCGCCUUCUGGGCUUUGCUCAAUAACGUGAUAGAAAUACGAACCGACGCCUUCAAGCUUUGCCGUAUCUUUCAAAGACCCUUUGCAAAACAAGCCAACUCCAUUGGCGCUUGGCAGGUAAGGACACGUGUGGGUGCCCUGUGGUGAACCUACAUCUACGAUAUACUUUUUGAAUUUUUUAAUUUAAGGAUUACGGCCCUUGCUUCCUUGAAAGGCGAAAUUUGGCCGAACACCAUAUAGAAGGCUAGUAAAAAUGCCUUUUCGAGGAUUCACGGGGUUUAGUUACUGCAUCAAACGCAGGAACCAAGGUCUGAUAUGGUGAACCUCGGUCACUUACCUCGCUCUGUUUUAUUACUCAAGAUAAGCUGCCAUCACAAUGACUCUUUAGCUCUUGUACGGGAAAUGUAUAUUCUGGACUGGAGUUUCCUGUAACUCAAGAGAAGUCCGUCUUUUUAAGUUAAACAGUCGUUAACUUUGUCGAGAAGGUCAACUCUUCAGUCCAGAGUUUCUCUUCCGGUCGAUACUAAGUCGCUUCGAUAACUCUUGUAUACUUGAGUCAGCACAACUGGGCAAAAAUGUAUCCUGAGCACUUCUGACAUAUUUUUUUGUUUGGUUGGUUGGUUGGUUUUUUUUUUAUUUUUUUUUUUUUAAGGCGGCGUUCGAGGCACUUGGUGUCAUAGCUGUCAUAACAAACUGUGCUUUGAUUGGCAUGGCAGCCAAGAGUGCUCAUUGGCUCCCAGACAUGACACCUGUCAAUGCUGUUCUCUUGUUUGUUGCCAUUGAGGUAAGAAUAACAUGGGUUUAUUUAUUUAUUUUUUUUAUUUCCCUGGUGCGGUUUUCUGUGUUAUGCUGUUAUAUUUGAAGGCUCCAGGGGUCAACAAAUUUCUAUCCAACGUUUGCAUUAAUCCCGUACCCGGAUCCUACCGUGUAACUCGGCAUGGAAGGUCUGGGUGCGAUACUCGAUUCCUAUUGCCAUUGAAACGAUGUAGACUGGCUGGUUACUAAGCGUAGUUCCAAAUGUGAUAGUCAUUUCAGCAGUACUGCGGUAACUGUUUCCUUACAGUCUUCUCUGUAAAUUGUUCUGCUGUAUUCUAACUGCCGCCUGGUCACCUCUGGUCGUAGAGCGCCGGACUACCAUGCGGAAGGUGGAGGGUUAAAUCCCCAGACCGGACCAACACUCAGCGUCUUAAAAAUAGCUGAGGAGAAGGUGCUACCUUUGCUAUGCAAUCUGAAAAUGGUUAGACGUUUUAGUCCUCUCGGAUAAGGACGAUAAAUCGUAGGCCACGUCUCCUGCAUCUACUCUAUAGUGGUUAGGAGGGGACGUUAAGGAACCCACGCACUAAGAGAAAGUAGCUCCUUAUGUUGGGGUCUGGCCUUGUUUCCAAAAAUUUGGGGUACCGACAAAAUUUCCUUUCAAAAUUGUAAACUGCUCAAUGCAGUUUGGCCAAAGUCCCUCGCACAAUGUUGCAAAGCACAUUUUAGCGUGUUAGUAUAGAUAAUGUGUUAUAAAAAUGCCUCAUCAUCAUAUUAAUAACUCUUUUGUUACAGCACUUUCUCCUGGGAGUGAAGUUCAUUGUAUCACACGUUAUCCCAGAUGUACCGCAGUGGGUACAGGAUGAAAUGGCCCGGCAGCAGUACAAAGCUCAACUCGCGCUCAGGGUAAGUUCUUUUUAUUUGGUUAUUCAGAGACCUUCUCUUUUUCUAAAUUGA